AUGACUGCAUUAAGAUGUAAGAAUCAAUUCGCAAUAGAUUUACUCAUUGACAAGCCAGAAUCACCUUUGAAAGGUAGAGAUGCCAGAGGAAGAACUCUUCUACAUUACAUUGCUGAAUACGGAGAACCAAUUUUAAUCGUAAAGUACUUCCAGAAAAGUUUGAAUGCAAAUGCUAAUGAAUGGAAAAAUGGUGGCACCCCAAUACAUAACGCUGCAUACGGUCCAGUUGAGAACUUUAUUGCUCAGCUUAAACCUUUUGGUAUCCCUGAUCCCAUGAAAACCGAAGCCGAAGCACAAGCUGAAGCCGAGGAUGAAGCUGCUGCCGCAGAAGAGAAAGAUCCGCCAGAUCCAAUUAUCUUAAUCCACGCCAUGAUGGAUGCAAACUUUGAUACGAUGCAAUCAGCUAUUCAUGGCGAGAUUCCACUUCAGUUAGCUGCUGCAUCAGGUAGUGAAAUGAAGGUUAGACUCUUAAUGGGAUUUUACUCUAAAGUCUACCAUCAAGAUAAUUGCGGAUUAACAGCUUUGCACUAUGCAGUUAGGGAGGACAAGCCAAAGGUUGCUGAAUUUCUUUUACGUUAUGGAGCAGAUGCUAAUGAACGUGAUUUUGAUGGAAAUGCGCCAAUUCAUUACGCCGCAAUGAAGAAUUCCGUCGAAUCAAUCAAAGUUCUAGUAGAAAAGAACGCUAAUCUUAACGCUAAGAAUGCCCAAGGUAAAACAGCUCUUCAUUUUGCUGCUGAGCUCGGCCAUUUAGAAGUAGUCAACGAGCUUUUGGCAAAAGGAGCUGAUCCAAAUGUCCGUGAUAUUAACGGCUGGGCAGCUCUUAGACUUGCAAUUAAGGAGCGCCACGAUGAGAUUGCUCAAGUAUUAACUGAGCACGGCACUCGUCCAUAUUAA